GAUCCAAAAAAGAGCAUCAUCGAUUCACCACAACAACGUCGGAGCACGAAUAUCGAAUUGAGACGUACUUUUCGAUUCCCAAGUCUCCUGAAUUAUCUGACGCUCAUAUCCGACGCUGCUUAUGGAGCCCAUUCACCAUGGCGUCGGUAAAGUCUCUGGGACUGCACCAACCGACCGCACUACAUCGUACAAUUGAGGAACUUGGUCUUCCGCAGAGCACCAACCUCUCUUCAUUGCAUUGGGAAAUAAACACCGACAAGCGCGACACGCCAGCUGUUGAAGACGAAAUCCUCGUGACCAAGACGUGUGUCGUAUGGAGCCGAGGUGGAAUAUUCCGAAAGUCUUAUAAAUUCGACCUCGAGAACGAACCCAUCACUCAGGCACUGCUGGCAUACUUCCCCGCGUAUGAUGAGCUGCGGAAGCCCAAAAACAAGAAGAGGUCUUCAGUACCACUGGAAACCUCCAAGAAGCCGUCCAAGGCUCUGAUCGUAUUUCUCAAAACCCAAGCCCACCUUCAUUUUAUCUCAGGGGCCAGCCAUGUCAUCCAUAUGCCUUUCGAGGUUGAGGCCGCUUGCGCUGCGCCGCAGGGCGUCAUCAUACAAAGGAAGCAUCACACUGAGAACAACAUACCGGUAUCACUUAAGUUCCCCAGGGUUCCCCCAAACUCGUUCGUUUCCUCUCAGAUCACAGCUCCAUCUCUACGGGGUUCACAGCAAACCACUUUCUCGAUAGAGGGCCUGGGAAACCCCAGAAGCCUGCCUCUAAAGCUGGGUUCGACACUAGAAGAUAUAUGGGAGGUCCCCUUGGGGAAAUCACAAUCUAAGUGGCCGAGGCUGGUGACUCUGAUUGACCCACUGCAAGAUAUUGGUCUCGUCGUUACAGAUUCUCAAUCAGCGCAACGGGCAGCGACAAGAAGAGGAACUUCCAAGUCGCCAUAUCUUCUAGACCCCGCCGAAGAGAUCCUUCACAUCGAGGAAAUACAGCUUCCAAGCUCACUACAGCCGCCAGAAAACGACCCACUUAUCCUCGCCGUUACAGUCAAUAGAGAAGCAAAUACGUACACAUUAUGGAGGUUAUCGUACAACAAGACUGGCGAUAAUCCUGUACAUGGGAGCAAGAAGAGCGAUAUCACAGCAAACAGACGCCGCAGCUCGAUGCAGCCACAGUUCGCCAGUGGGGCUUCUACACCGAUCCAGGUUAACUUCCGGGAAAGCUUUGGCGCGCCCUUGCCAGGGAAGCGGCAGAGGAAAAGCGAAAGACUUGAGAGGUUUGAGAGGACUGAACAAUCGGAAAAGUCACUUGAUCUUGUUAGCUCUCUGAAUGCAGAUAAAGACGGAGGCGUCACUCGAAGACAGUCACGCAGAGUCAGCUCCAUGUUAGCUCGUGCUGAUCUUUCCGCGUCACAAGAACGAUCCGCCUUUUCAGAACAGCAGCUGAUGCCAAAUCUCGGCAGCUCGAUGAGGGACUCUUUUAGCAACCAAGGAGGCCGCCACUCUCUCAACUACAACCAGACCAUCCACCCUAGCUUAGGUAGCUUACUCGAGGCUCCCAUCGACAAUGUUCUUGACGAGCUGCGAGCAGGAGGUGACUUUGAAGGCUUUCACAGCAUGGGUCUUGACGAUCACGACUGUGACGGACUGGCACAAGAAAUGGUGUUUACCAAGGUUCACACCAUUGAUAUUGACAGCUCUAAUGUUCGUUACUCCGUAUCGAGUCAGCCUGCGCGGUACCAGAGCAGUGUUUUUAUUCUUUCGAGCCCCAAGCUCUCCGUUGAUGAUAAUCGGAGAAGCGAGCUCAUUCUUGGCAUCCAAGAUGCAGUGGACAAGAAGUUGCAACUUCUCACAAUCGACAUACACAAGAGUGGGCAAUUUCUCGUUCCCCCCCGAUCAGCCAAACUUCCUGAAAUUCACUCGAACACCCUUCGAGUUACCUGUGGCCAGCUACGACGAGCACAUCCCGUUGUUGAUGCUUGUAAAGUUGUGGACGGCGAUCUUUCGGCGAUACUCAUAUUAUCCGAAGGCAAUGAUGGACGACGCGAGCUCAGUAUUCAGGCACCAUGGCUGGAGAAAACACCCAUUACUCUUCCUCGAUUGCUACUCGAGAACGAGCGCAGCCUACAAUAUAUCGGUCGUGUCAUCGAUCGAGAUGUACGACAGCGAAGGUCCGAAGCACUGGAUACGGCGAAUGGCAUCAUCCGUGCUCUUCGAUAUUCUCGCAUGGGUGGCAUCGUAGAUGUUGUGGACGCUGAGAGGCGUCAUCACCAAAUCCAGAUUCAGCUGCAACCCCGCAAUCCUUUGGCUCGCAAGGUUCUUGAUGCAUGCCGCAGCCUCCUCCCCUCGUCUCAAUCCAAGAAAAUGUUACCAGGCUGGUGGCAAGCCAUGAUGUGGCUACAGGCAGAAGAUAUGCAGGUGGCGGAUAACGAAUGGUCGGCCCUCGUGAUUCACAUCCUGUCUAUCUUCCUUGUCUUGGGAGGCGCUGAGGCAGCUGUCCCGGCUCCGCGGAGGCCGGUCAAGGGUCGCAGACGACCCCCUUCAGGCUCAUUUGGUUCCAUGAACAACAUUGAGGAAUGGCGCUCACUGCAGCUGCAUGAGACACCCAAUGCCCUUGGCUGCCCGGUAUGGCAGCAGAACAGAGGCUGGGACUGGACUGCGGACCAUGACGAUGAUCUAGACACCAAGGGCGACUUUGUUGAUUGCAAAUUUCUGCCAACGCACAUUCAGUAUACCCAAGCAUACCUCUCAUCAAGCAUCGAAGGGGAUGUACCAAGAACUGGAUAUGCGUUAUCAUCAGCAAUCCUCCAGAAUACAGAGGAUUCGUACAGUGCAGUCUGGACCUUUUUCACCGGACUACACCUUCUACUCGAAGAACAAAAGCUGGAUACUUCCACUCCAGAAUAUGCAACCCCUGGUAUUGCGGAGCUUCGCGUCUUGAUGGCGCAGAUUGCACGCUGGCUAAGGUGGCACGAAUAUGCCUCCUAUUACGAGAUGGGUCUUCAAGAGGAACUGGAAAUUCUCGCUAUCGAGAUACCACAGCCGCAGUGGAUGGGCAAGUCCUAUGAUGUUAUUGAAUGGAUUAACACCAACCUCACUCGUGGUGACAGGACAGAUUUCCUGACACUAGCUUUUGCACGCCAGAAAGGGGUGCCAGACUCUAGUCGACAACCUCCAACGGAUACACGGUGGGACUUGAUGACACCGAGAACCCAUAUGUUCCAGGGCUUUUUCUCCAAGCUUCGCGCGAGAAACGAUGCGGUUGGGAUUGUUGAGGCCAUGCAUAGCUCGGGAAUUGAUGUCCGCGUGUUGGAAACGCUACCGGAGGCCGUUUUGACGCCCCUGCGUGACGCUAUAGCCAGCUGCCAGGCACGACCUCCGUCCUCAUGGUCGAAGGACAUGCUGAAGCUGGUGAGUCGCAGCGACAUCACCCUCAUGUACGAACCUAGCAUGAAGCUCCAACAACGACCGUUCAACAUAACAGCCCCCAUUCACAUCGCCUCCUGGGAUUUCCGGACCAUAUGCCAAACUCUUGAUGAGUUCAUCUCUGCCGGCUAUGAUGAUGGCGAGGGUACGGAGAGACAAGCAGUCAUCAGAGCUUUGUUCAAGGAGGACCGACGCCUCAACGAAGCGCAGGACCUCCUGUCCACCCACAGACCACGUAUCGUCCGCCUAGACUCUGAGCCUGGUUGGACCGAGAGUCAAUAUCUCGAGAAGCAGAAAGAGCUUGUCUCGAGGGUUGCUACAGGCACGUUGGCAAUUCCAGCUGGUCGUGCCCUUCUUUAUUAUGGCCUACGAUAUCCCUUGUUGACACAAAAGUUCCACAUCGGAGGCUUUAACCUCAAUUGUAUCGUGCGUCCAACGAAUGUCACUGUGGGCGUGGACAGAUCACAGUUCACAGAGGAAAAGGUCUGCUGGGGCUUCUUCCACCAAGGGGUGGCCGCCGGCUUGGCUAUAUCCUCACAGGCUAAAGGCAUCGAUACAUCCUGGAUUUUAUACAAUAAACCUGGUCAGGAUCUCAACAAUCGCCAUGCAGGGUUUUUGUUAGCUCUUGGUCUGAAUGGUCACCUCAAAGACGUUGCGAAAUGGGUCGCUUUCAAGUAUUUGACACCAAAGCACACCAUGACCUCGAUUGGGCUGCUUCUUGGACUUGCUGCGUCGUACCUAGGUACUAUGGAUUCUCUCAUCACACGUCUCCUGUCGGUACACGUUACGCGUAUGCUUCCACGUGGAGCAGCCGAGCUGAACAUCUCGCCCCUGACCCAGACGACCGGCAUCAUGGGCAUCGGUCUUCUCUAUUGCGGUAGUCAACAUCGGCGGAUGAGCGAGAUCAUGAUGUCCGAGAUCGAGCAUGUUGGUGAGGACGAAAGCCCUGAGCCCCUGAGGAGUGAGUGUUACCGCCUCGCUGCUGGGUUUUCGCUUGGGUUCAUCAACCUUGGUAAAGGCAAAGACCUCAAGGGGCUCCAUGAUAUGAGACUCACCGAAAAGCUCAUCGGCAUUGCAACGGCGAACAAGAAGGUUGAGAUGGUGCAAAUUUUGGAUCGUGCUGCUGCAGGCGCAGUCAUGGCUCUCGCCCUUAUCUUCAUGAAGUCGGAGGACCACAUCGUGGCGCGUAAGAUCGAUGUGCCGGAAUCGGUCGUACAGUUCGACUACAUCCGUCCAGACAUCCUUCUCUUGCGUACUGUUGCCAAGAAUUUGAUUCUUUGGAGCCAGAUUGAGCCUUCAUUCGAGUGGAUCGCGCAAAGUUUACCCACGCCGUUCCGCUUCCGCCAUAGAUUGACCGGCACUAUAGUCUUGAGGAGCACCGAUCUCCCUUUUUUCAGCAUCCUCGCAGGUCUUUGCUUCUCUCUAGCGUUGCGGUUCGCCGGAAGUGGCUCGCUGAAAGCUCGCGAUAUCCUCAUUCAUUACCUCGAUCAGUUCAUGCGUAUCUCGCGUAUUGUCUCUACGAAACGAGUUCCACAAUUCGAUCGGCCAAUUUACGAUGAGGAGCUUGCACGAUCAAACGCACCACACCUUGCUAUUGGAGCACUGUUUCUUGGUUGUGGGACAACAACGUUCGGUACCAGCGAUCUUGCUAUCGGUUGUCUAUUGGUAGCUUUCUACCCCGUGCUCCCAAUAUCGGUGAUGGACAACCGCGCGCAUCUGCAAGCUUUCCGUCACUUCUGGGUCCUCGCAGCCGACCCGAGAUGUCUAGUGGCUAAAGAUGUCGCAACAGGACAGCCUAUCAGCGUUCCUGUCCAUAUACGCAUGAGAUAUCCCGCGGCUCACUCGUCAUCAUCAAAUCCGGACCACGACGUUCUAAUUCGUACCACCCCCUGCCUAUUACCACCACUGUCAGAUAUCUCGUCUCUUCGCACUAAUGCUGGUCCGGACUUUUGGGAUGUGGAACUGGACUUGAAAAGCGAUGCGGCGCUUAUGACAACGAUUGCCAAGAACCCGAGCCUAUUCCUCAAGAAACGUCCUCCUCUCGAGGCUCCUUUCUCUGCUACGCUCCGUGCACUGGGGCGCAGCUCCUUGGCGGACGCCACGCAUGGCGGGGGCCAACACGACCCUUUGGUGUGGAUCUUCCGCGCCGAAGCAUUGCAAGGCCUCUCUCAUGCUGAGCAAGGGCUCGUGCUCGAUGGUAACGCUGCUAUGGACGGGAGCGUGACCGUUACUUCUGCUGUUGAUACACGCCUCGUUCUGGAACAAAGUGCCAAAAGCUUUUCACGGGAGAGAUUGCAAGGGCUCAAGCUCUUAUUCGGAUGGGCGGAUGUUCGAGAUCGAGUGGAACCCCGGAACGUUGCGUCUGCUGUUGUCAAUGGGUUACAGACACCAGGGCAACGGCAGGAGGAAUAUGAAGGCGGGGAGGCUAAGGAGGCUAGGGGGGAAGGCGAAGGUUGGUGGAUACGGAAUAGUGUUAUUGAGGCUCUCAAGGGACAGGUCUUUCUUGCUGCGAGAGAAAACAUCACGGUCUAA